CGGGAGCGUAGGUCUAGUGUGACGUCACGGUAGCCUAGUUGGGUUAGGUUUUACGCUGGAAAUUCUAACGAAAAAUUUUUUGUUUGACGAUUAAUGUUUUCCUCAUUGUAUCUGCUGCAUUGAGGGACGUGAAGAGUUAACGCAGUGGCGAGCAGCAAUCGUAUUUCGUAAACCGUUCGAUCGCGAGACUUCGCGCUAUCGGCGUAUAUGAGAUUUUAAACGGAAAAUGAAUCGACAUGACGGGGUAAGUUGUGACGCCUGCUUAAAGGGGAACUUUCGGGGUCGCAGAUAUAAGUGCCUCAUAUGCUACGAUUAUGAUUUGUGUGCCAACUGUUACGAAGGAGGUGCCAGUACUACGCGUCACCACAGUGAUCAUCCUAUGCAGUGUAUACUUACUAGAUCUGAGUUUGAAUUAUAUUAUGGUGGAGAGGCAGUAAGUGUAGAACAGCCGCAAUCUUUAACUUGUCCUUACUGUACAAGAAUGGGUUUCACUGAGGCUACACUGCAAGAACAUGUUGCUGCAGAUCACUCAGACACUUCUUUUGAAGUUGUUUGCCCAGUAUGUGCAUCUGUCCCAGGGGGAGAUCCUAAUAAUGUGACUGAUGAUUUUGGUGGUCAUUUAAGUUUGGAGCAUCGUAGUGGACCAAGAGAUUUGAUCUCUUUUCUAGACGAACCAGCUUCAAGUAGAUAUACUGGUAGACGGAUAACACAUUCAUCUAGAGUUGUUGGUGGACCACGGCCUCGCAGGUCCAAUAUGCAUUUCAGUUCGUCCGGAGGAUUGAGUCCGAGUAGUCGAGAAGGUAUAGAUCCAAUUACAGAAUUACUUUCUCAAUUAUCCGGUGUUCGUAGAAGUGGUGGAGGAACUGGUCAAAGUUCGUCAGCACCAUCGCAAUUACAACAAUUGCAAAUGCAGCUACAGUUGGAACGACAACAAGUUAGAGCUGCUAGACAACAAUUGGAGCGAUUACCUAGGAGGCAGACUCAGGUCCUUGGCUCUGCAAGUUGUGGAGGAAUUAUUAGUGGAAGUGGUCAUUCUACUACUAUGACUAGCGUGGUAGUAAAUAGUACGACUAGUAACAAUAAUACAACUAAUGUGGCGAACCCGUCCGGCGUAUCAUCUACUAGUUCACAGAACUAUAUGUUUUUAUUGCCAAAAUGUAUUACCAGUUCUCUCUCCGACUCACAGUUGCAAAAUAUUGAACGUGAAAGUGCAAAUAGAAGUCUCUUUACGUGCGAACUUAUUCUUGGAACACUUUCUCAAACAUUGCCGGAGUUAACACAGGAACAAUCUGUAGCGCAAACACCAGUAUCAAGUGCAACUACUGCUACAAGCAGUCCCGAUACACCAAAUGCUAACUCUUCCUCAGUUUCUACAAAGAAAUUAAAUAUAACUCAAGAAGCGAAAAGGGAACAAACAAUGAGUAAACAUGUAACGCAAACGUCUAUGCAACAGUCACAUACUGUUCAAACUACUACUGCUGGCAGUGUGGGGACUGGUCUUCAGAAUCAAGGAUUGCCACCAAAUUCUAAUAACCUCGCGAUACAAAAUUCACCUAUGGUUCAAACACUGAUGCACAGUGUAUUGCCUGAGUCAUUGGUAUUGCAGGAAUCACUGUCGCUACCAUAUAGUAGAACUAUCAGAGAACCGAUAGUAACCCCAGCACCAGCGUACCUUAGAGGUGGGGUCGGUCCAGUUGGCGUAACAGGUCCUUCACGUAGGAAGCCAGUUAGGGCUGUAGAUGGCAGAAACCAAUCUACGGAACCUCCGCCCCCACACUAACCCUUCCUUACCCCGUACCCACCCACCCUGAUUCCUCACAGGACCCUCUAGCACUAGUCCUAGCACUGUUUAGAACACCUCAUCAUUAUUGUUAUUAUUAUAAUAUUAUAUAUUAAUAAUUAUUCAAAUGCCCUCCUCCUCACCCUCCCUAUCUUAUCACUUUUCAAAACUCUAAUGUCGCCAUCUUUUGUCGUUACGUGACAUGGAACAAGGGCAAGGGCUGAUUCGCCGACACAUGCAAAUAAUGUAAAUAACUCACUUCUUGCAGUCAUAUACACUCCUCGUACACACUCCUCAGCGAGUCUUGCCACGUUCUACAUCGAUAUUAUUAUAUCCAUUUACAAUAACUUGAUCGAGGAUAGAGACGGGCAGGUAAAAAUAAUAACAAUAUAAUUAUAUCUUUUAGCGUUUCAUGUUUGGUGGCUGUAUGGGUUUGUUAGAACAGAGUUAGAUUGAUAAAAUACUCAGUUUUAUUUAACACAUAAAAUCUUGGAAAUGUAGAAACUCUAACAAUUCACAAGACGCACUGCCCGUCAUACGCACCAGUUUAGUUGUGCUUAAUUUAAACUGGUUAAAUUUUUUUGGUCAUCGUAUGUUUGAUAUAUAUAUUUUUUAAAAUUAGUUUAAUGUCAUGUGUAUCAUUGAAUUACAAAUAUGUUUUAUGGGGAAAAGUUUAUAAAUCUGCUUGGGUUGGUCCGUUUGUAUUUGAAAAAUCUUAAUCAUCGGACAAAUAUUUUAAAGCGAGCAACUAACGAUUUUUAAUCUACAUGCUUUAUGAAAUCAUCAAAGCGCAUGUGCAUUAACGUUUUGUUAGAUGAACAUAAGUUUUAAAUAGUCAUACGAGGUUUGAAUCAUUUCAGAAAGAUAAUCCAGAAUCAGUGAUUCUAAAUAUUAAGUUGGCGGGCCAUCCCUUAAUGUUAUAUAUUACUCAGGAAUCAGUACUUUAAAAUGGAGGGAUUAAGUUGGGUUUUACAUGCCAAACAAACAGAAAUCUGAAUCAUUUUCUCUUUCAAAAUUAAUCGUAUUUAUUUAAAAUAUUUGUUGAAAAGUUUAUUUUCGUUGUUGUUUUGAAUUUUUGCGUAUAUUGCGCUAGUACUACGUUUUAAAAAUAUCACGUGGUCCCUUUUCUUUUUUUUUAAUCAUUCAUUUAUGAAUUUAUAAUCGCUCCAUUUUACAAUGUGAAAUGAAAUAAUAUUUGUAUGUGUGUUCGUUUUUUUUCUCAAUAACAGAGGCUUUACUGAUUUGAUAUAUGUAAAAAUUAUACGCGAUAUGUCAAAGUAAAACUGGGAAUUUCUGUGUUCCAUUUCUUUGAAAUUAGUUGAAUUGAAGCUUACGAUAUAAUUAAUGUUUAUUUUAUGCAGAAAGCGUCGGAAACAAGUACGUGCGUAUGGCGCACGCAAAUGCAUUCGAAACUUGUGAAGGUUCUACUGAGAGUAGAAUUUGAAGGUGCUCGUAGAAACGAGCAAUAAUUAUUUUUCAAUUGUCUUUAACUCCUACUCAAUUUUCUUUGAUUUUUGCCUAGACCCUUGUUAAUCACUUUAUGUAUAUUGCAUAUUGUAAUUAAUUUCCCCUUGUAUUACAUUCAGAUCCUAUGUUAAUUGAUUUGUGGGUGUAUCUGCAAGAUGUGGAUGAAAAUGAAGUAAAAUUAUACAUAUACAUAUAUACAUAUAAACUUGUAAAAAGUUAUACAAAAUAUGUAGCGCGUGAUUUCAUUUUUUUUUGACUUAUGUUCUCGCGUGUUCUGGUAUUCUCGGUCGAAAUCGGAUUACUUAUAACAUUACAAAAUAACCAAAGGUGUUGAAAAAAUCAUACAUUUCGUUCUUUUUUAUUUUCCUGGAUCUUUCAGUGUCGAUAGUAAUUUAAUAUCUUCUUUUAAAUGCACUAUUUGCUUUAUGCACCUAUUUUUCGAACACUUCUAAUAAUUUCUCGUAUUCCACUGUGAUGUGUGAAUUGGAAACAAGAUAUAUAAAGUAGUGAAGCAACGAUGUAAAGAAAGAAAAUGAAAAGUGUACUAAUUGCCUUAACGCGAAAUGCCUGAAAGGGAAAAAGUUCAGCCUUUUGUGGAAUGCGUGGUUAAUCAAAAGAAUCCUUUACACGUGAUAUACUUCAUACAAAAGUGAUGCUGUAUACUUAUCUAAACUAAAUAAAUAUGUGCAUAUCCCAAAAAAAAGAAAAGAAAAAAAAAACUAUAAGAUGCAGAUAUUAAGAGAGAAAUAAUGAACUUCGCAUAUAUUAAUGUGCACAUCUCGAUGACUGAUAAGCUAGUUAUUUUUCAAAUUUUACACGAAUUCAUAAGCGUAUAAUCUCAGAACGAAGCAAGACUCCAACAAGCACGUUUAAUACAAAAACCAAUUACAUUAAUUAAAAGGAAGGAAAGGAAGAAAUAAAUAACAUGAUUUGCUAUGUACUAAAAUAACUUCGUAUAAAGUCGAAAAUU